AUGCCGGCUCUGACUAUAUGCUUUCAUAACCUUAUUGGGGACUCUUUCGAGUCUUUAACGGAGUCUGUUGUCGGGAGCGAUGAGUAUCAAGAAGUAUGUCGUCGGAAUGUGAGUCAGAUGGUGCACCGCUGUAUCCAGGAAUUACCACGUGAGAAGACAGAUGAAGGUGUGAUGGGAGUAUUGGAUCACAUAUCGGACCGGAAAGUCGUGCUGCCUCGAGGCAAGCCGUGUCCAGUGGCCAAGGCUACAAGCACCACGUGGGAGAAGUUCGCUAAAGCGAAAGGAAUUGAGAAGAAGGGGAAGCGUUCAGCGUUUGUCUUCGACGACAUUGAAAAGAACUACAAGCUAAGAUUCGGAGGACGGUCGUUGAGGAAAGCAGAGAAGCAACGAGACUUCAUUAUUGAGCACAAGGGAGGGAGAAAGGUUUACGGCGACCCCUUUAUUGAGAGAGCACAGGCAAAGGCAUUGGAUAAGGCUAAGCAGAAAUAUAGGACUUUGCAGAAUAAAGUAAAAACUGCCGGCUACAAACUGAAGCGGAAGUAA